AUGGAUAAAGGAGGUUUGGCGGUAGAAAUCGUGGGUCGCUACCGUGUGUCUCCACCACCAAAGACAGUCCCACCUACCUCCCUCCCUCUAACUUUCUUCGACAUACCAUGGCUUUUCUUCUCCCCAACUCAACCUCUCUUCUUCUACGACUACCCUUACCCUACUUCUCACUUUUUAUCCACCGCUCUUCGACCACUCAUCCACUCCCUCUCCCUCACUCUCCAGCACUUCUUUGCUUUGGCUGCCACCCUUGUGUUCCCACCCCACUCAUCCAACCCCCCUUUCAUUGUCUACGACCGAUCCAACUUCGUCUCCUUGGUUGUCGCCCAAUCCACCGCUGAUUUUCAUCACUUGUGUUCGAAUCAUCAGCGUUGCAUCAACGACUUUUACCCACUACUCCCUCCUUUGCCGAGCGGGGAACAAAAGGAAACUCAAACCCCUUUGCUUGCUGCACAAAUCACCAUUUUCUCUAAUGUCGGUGUUUGCAUUGGGUUUGCGUAUCAUAAUGUGGUUGCUGAUGGGAGAAGUUUCAACAGCUUCAUCAAGACUUGGGCUUCUCUUUUCAAAGACCCUUCUUCUUGCUCAGUCAACUCAUCGCUACUUCCCUUCUAUGAUAGAACGGCAAUAAAAGACAGUUAUGGGUUGCAGUCCAUUUUCUUGAACCAUUGGAGAAAAAGAAGAUCUUCAACAAACAUGGUCAUAGGUGUUUCAGACAAGAACUUAGACUCGGCCAUGGUUAGAGCUACUUUCUUUAUGUGUCCUGAUGAUAUGGAGAAGAUUAAAGGGUGGAUAGUUGGUCGAUGCAAGGUGAAAAACAUGGAGCAACCACCACGUUUAACACCAUCGAAUUUAACAUGUGCUUAUGUGUGGGUGUGUUUGAUAAAAUCCCAUGAGAAAGUAAAUGGGAAGUUAACUGGCAAGAACCCCAGUUACUUCGGGUUCAAUGCGGGCGGUAUAACCCGGUUGGGAUAUCCGGUACCAGCUGCUUAUUUUGGUAACUGCAUUGCGUUUGCUCGAACAAUGGCAACUCAAAGUGAGCUUAGCGGAGAAGAUGGGAUUAUAGUUGCAGCGGAUGCUAUCGGAAACAGAGUUAAGGAAUUGGACGAAGCAUUUCUGGAAGGGGCAGAAAACUGGAUAUCAGAAUGGGGGGAGUUUUAUGGGUCGGAUUUGGAGCCCCAUGUGAUGGUUUUCGGGUCACCGAAACUGGAUUUCUACGAGACAGAUUUUGGUUGGGGAAAGGCAAGGAGAAUAGAGGAAAUUUCAAUGGAUAAUGCAAAAGGGAAAGCCGUUUGGUUCACCCAAAGCAGAGAUGUGAAAGGCGGAAUAGAGGUGGGAGUAGCAUUACCUAAACCUAAAAUGGAUGCUUUUACAUGUUUCUUCACUCAAUUAUUGCCUCACCAUUAA